GCAAGAUGCUUGAGGGGGAAAAAACUCACUUCCCCUGUAGUUUUUCAGUCCUUACGGUUGCAUUUGGUGGCACGGACGCUGAAUUGGUGAGAUGAACAAUCGCAUCAUACAGCGUCGUCAGGUGUGAUAGAACAACGCAUACACAUUGUUUAUUUAUCCAUUUCUGUGACGGAUGAUUUAACACAAAACAUGGUCGUGCUCAGUUUUUGACGUAAAGGACACUAUUGUAACCAUCGUUGCACUUUCUUUUGUGACAAUCUUCGACGUCGUGCUUAAACCUGGUGUCCAUGAUCUCGCGCAUCAUCAACGCAGCGUUGAAGCGAUAAACCUGCACACAUGCUAUGAAGAAAUCCCCUUGCAAAAUAUUCAGGAUUAUAAUGAUUAAAGUUUGUGACCCCUGCUGCAUCUAAUGGGGGAUUCCAGCAUCUAAAGGGAACUGAAAGUUCUGAAAACUUUCAACGAAUGCAUAAUUCUAUGCUAGUCCAACUUUAGAAGCAUCAAAAAAAGAAAAGAAGAAAACAAGCUCAGAUGUGACUUACCCAUGAGUGCGUUGCUUGGAGGGUUCGACUGAAGCGGCAUUAGGCGUGAGACGCGGUGAGAGAUGAACGGGCUGUCGGAUAACUCGGUGAAGUGCGUGCUGGUGGGGGACACGGCGGUGGGGAAGACGGCCCUGCUGGUGCGCUUCACCUCCGAGACGUUCCCCGACUGCUACAAGCCCACCGUGUACGAGAACACGGGCGUGGAGGUCUUCAUGGACGGCGUCCAGAUCAGCCUGGGCCUGUGGGACACGGCCGGCAACGACACCUUCCGCGGGAUCCGGCCCAUGUCCUACCAGCAGGCUGACGUGGUCCUGCUCUGCUACUCGGUGGCCAACCACACCUCCUUCGCCAACGUGCGCCACAAGUGGAUCAACGAGAUCCGGGGACACCUGCCCCAGGUGCCGGUGCUGGUGGUGGCCACUCAGACGGACCAGCGAGAGAUGGGCUCCUCCCGGGCCCACUGCCUGUCCUCCUCCGAGGGCAAGAGGCUGGCGCAGGACAUCCGGGCCAAGGGCUACCUGGAGUGCUCGGCCAUUAGCAACAGGGGGGUGCAGCAGGUGUUCGAGUGCGCGGUCCGGACGGCCAUCAACAAGGCCCGUAAACGGGAGCGCAGGAGGCUGUUCGAUGUUAACCAGUGCAAGAUAUUUUAACCCCCCAGCCCACCAAAAAAGGCUUCGGACAUUCUAAUUCUGUCUUUUCUAUGUCCUUGUGGGCAGGCAGUAAACAUUUACCGUGCGGAUGUUUUGUCUUUGCAAGGGCCGAUUGGAUUUAGAUUUUGAGCAGAAGGCCACAUAUGGAGCAUGUAGGCUCUUGUUAAUUAUAUCUCCUGUGGACAUCCCUGGGUUGGUCACUCUCUGGUGUAUGAAGGUUUUGGUAGAGGCUAUACUGAGGAACUACCAUGGAAAUGCAGGUACCUACUACCAAUGUGCUUACACCUGACUAAUUACAGAUAUUAUUUAUUUAACUUUUUUCUGCUGUCUGCAGAAGCAGUGCAGACCUGUUGAGAAUAUCCAGGAUAUUUGCUGUAUGUUUUUUGACAUAGAUUUUUAAAGAUUUGUAAAGAUUUUUAUUUACUUCUGUGCACUCUUCUUGUUCCCAAGACCAAUAAAUAUGUGACAGUG